AUGUUUAUCGCACAUGCCCACUCAUAUAUAUACCCAACUUCUCCUCCUUUCUUUUCUUCAACAGAAUCAAGAAACAUGGCAUUUCCUGAAACUCAUCUCCAUAUGCCUAUUAGAUCUAUAAGUCUACCAUCAAGAAUACACCCUCCUUCUGCUAAGUUUCAAGCUGCAAUCUCUCAACUUCAGAUUUGCCAAAACUCAUCCUCUGAUUCUCAAUCUCUUCAAAUCUCAUUACUCAAUCUUGCUGAGCUUUACCAUUCUCUCCACCAACUCAACCACUCUCUUCCCAUCAGUCAAGCCGAGAAUUCUCUUGACGUGUCAGCCACGUUACUUGACUCCUGUGACGCAGCGAGAAACCUAAUCCUCACCCUCAGAGAGCAUCUCCUCAACCUUCAGUCUUCACUUAGGAGAAAAGGCAAAUCCAUGGAAGUCCAGAUCAAAGAGUACUUUUCCUUCAGGAAAAAAGUCAAGAAAGAAACCAACAAGCUUCUUCUUGGCCUCAAGAAGUUAGAAGGCUCUGAGACCACCUCGUUGGCCGUCUCCGUCUUCCGAUCCCUUUUCGUGUUUCUGUCGAUUACUCCGGCGAUGAAGACAAAUACAUGUACCCUCAAAUUCGUCUCUAAGCUUAUUGGUGGUGGUCGAUCGUCGUCGUCGUCGAUAAUGAGCGAGUUGCAGAAUCUGGAUAUGGUUCUACGUUCAGAUGGGGAUAACUCUAAGGAAGUGAAGAAGACGUUGGAGAUAUUAGAAGAGAGAACAGAGGGACUUGAAGCUGCACUUGGUUCUCUUUUCAAGUCUCUUGUCCAAUAUAGAGUUUCUUUGCUCAACAUUCUUACAACACACUCUUAG